AGCCAGCUCCUGCUUGGCUACGGAGUGGGGGUGGAACCAUGGCCAGUGGCACCCUGGCUCUGUGCUGUGGCCCCGCUUGCUGUCGUAUCUCUGCAACCGAGGUACCUGGAUCCAGGCCCAGCUGGCAUCUCACCAGCAGCUACGUUGCCCACCGCAUUAUCCCACCCAUACCCUUCACCCCGCCCACGGUGCAGUCCACGGUCGCGGACCCUCUACCUCCGACUGCAAAGCAGGAUUCUCGCAUCUGGGCUUUCGACGAGGUCCUCAGCAGAUGGGAGACAACCUCUGGCUCGGCCUACGUGCCCAAGACCCAUGGCUGGCCCUGCGCCCAGCCCAGAGCCCCAGAGCCUGCAGACCCCACGCGGACUGUGGGGAUCAAGGAUUCAGGAGAAAAGCUCAGACACCGCGGCUGGUGCCUCCCACUGACCACAAAGUACCAGAGCAGCGAGACGAGGGCGCAGUACACUGGCUCUCCCAGCGGGGACCCGCGCGCUCCGGAAUACUUCGGCCCCCAGCCCCCACAACUCGCAGACCACCACCGCGGGGGGCCUUCCCAGGCUCUAAUCGCCUGGACGCAGAACCCCGCGCUGUCUGGCCGGCCUUUCACAGUAUCCGACCGGGGCGUCCUGGACCGCCGCCAGCUCUAUCUAACCACCUCGGCGCGGGACUUUCGGUUCUAUCCCAAGACGGAGCUGUCCGGAUACCCCCGCAAGGACUCCCUGACCUACUGGAGCUUCGAAGGGACGCCCCAGGUCUGGGGCCACGGCCCGCAGAGGCCGCCCCGACCACCGCGGGUCCGCGUGCCGCGCGUCAGCCCGGUGACCUCGGCCAUGCCGCACCGGGGCGCCCUGUCUCUGGCUCAGGAGUCUUACAUCCCCCUGCUGCACCCGCUCCGGCGGCUCGACCGCUUCUGCCCGCUGGAAGCGCCCUGGGGCGGCCCGCACUGGAAGCCCCUGCGGGGCAUCCACAGCGUGCCGAAAGCCUACAGUACCGAGAACUUCAGCUAUGGCAGCUCGAAGCCGGCGCUGGUGUGAGCCGGCCCGGCCAGCCCCACCCCAGACCCGCUCCCAGGGCCGCGCGGGCGAGCGGAGCUCCGGACCUCUGCUCACUAGGAGGGGUCCGGACCCAGCCUGAGUCGCACUCAUUACGUCUAUUGGCAACGUGGGGGCGGGACUAGCCCAGACACCCACUCAGCUGCGGCGUCGCGGAGAGGGGACUAAGUCCAGAUAAUGUCCCCGGUGGCUGUGGCCCCAGGGGCAAGACACGCACCCUGAGGGCGUAUUAAAUAAUGAGUUAAAUCACCUG